AUUCGACGAUCCUGCGAGGAGAGCGUUCAGUUUGAAUUAAGAACUACUCACAUAGGUACACUUUUCGACGACGAAUAAAAUGGAACAAGAUUUUAAAGGCAAAACAUACGUGGUAACCGGUGCUGGUCGCGGUAUUGGACGUGAGGUUCUCGAACGUCUCGUCUCAUAUGGAGCCAAAGUGUACGCUUUGGAUGUAUCUCCAAUGGAUAAUUUGAAAUCAAAUCCAAGUGUGGUUACGGUGUCAUUGGAUUUAAGCAACUGGAGUGAAACACGCCAGACCUUGACCGAAGUUUUUAAGAAUGUGAACGUUGAUGGACUGGUAAACAACGCUGGUAUCACAAUCUGCAAACCAUUCGAAGAACUCACCGAAGAAGACUAUGAUAAAGUGAUGAACAUUAAUGUGAAGGCUUUAUUCAAUGUAACGCAAGUUGUGUCACCAAAAAUUAAAAAUGGUGGAAGUAUAGUAAAUCUUUCGUCAUUGGCUGGGCUUCGUGCGUUCCCAGAACAUGCACUUUAUCACAUCUCAAAGGCUGGCGUCGAUGCACUCACUCGUUCCCUAGCACUUGAAUUCGGCCCACGAAACAUUCGAGUGAACUCAGUGAAUCCAACCGCUUGCAUGACGGAAAUGGGUCGCGCUGUGUGGAGCGACAAGGCUAAGGCUGAAGGACUCUGGAGCAGAAUUCCACUUUAUCGAUUCGCUGAAUUGCGCGAAGUAGUCGAUCCAAUUCUCUUCUUCCUCGGCAGCCCAUCAUCUUUCAUCAGCGGACACUCGUUGCCGAUUGAAGGAGGCUUCUCAGCAUGCUAAGCAUAUUUGUAAAUGUCAAACCAUAUCUAUAAUCGAAUAACAUUGAAUGUUCGUCACUAUAAACUUAGUCGUUAAAUAAGAAAUUCAUUCCUAAUAAACCUAAUGAACAUAAAAAAAUUGAAAAAAAAACAAGA